AUGGUUUUAAGUGGUGAUCUUCGUUUUAAUCCUUUAACUGAUUCUUUAACAGCUGCUGAUGGUACUAAAUUUAAAUUACAACCACCAACUGGUGAGAAUUUACCAUCAAAAGGUUUUGAUCCUGGUGUUGAUACUUAUCAAGAACCACCAAAAGAUGGUGGUUCACUUAAAGUUGAUGUUGAUCCAAAAAGUGGACGACUUCAAUUACUUGAACCAUUUGAACCAUGGGAUGGAAAAGAUUUUAUUGAUUUACUGAUAUUAAUUAAAACAAAAGGAAAAUGUACAACAGAUCAUAUUAGUCCUGCUGGACCAUGGCUAAAAUAUCGUGGACAUUUGGAUAAUAUUUCAAAUAAUACGUUUAUCCCGGCUACAAACGAAGAAAACAACGAAGCAAAUAAUGUUAAAAAUCAUUUAACAAAUGAAUGGGGUAAAGUACCAGAUACUGCUCGUUAUUAUAAGAGUAAAAAUAUUUCAUGGGUUGUUAUUGGUGAUGAAAAUUAUGGUGAAGGUAGUAGUCGUGAACAUGCUGCACUUCAACCAAGAUAUCUUGGUGGUCGAGCAAUUAUUGUUAAAAGUUUUGCUCGUAUUCAUGAAACGAAUUUAAAAAAACAAGGUUUACUUCCUUUAACUUUUGAUGAUCCAACUGAUUAUGAAAAAAUCAAAUCAGAUGAUAAAAUUUCUUUAGUUGGUCUCAAUAAAUUAGCACCUAAUGAAUCGAUUGAAUGUCGUAUUAAACAUUGUAAUGGUAAAACUGAAACAAUUAAACUUAAUCACACAUUCAAUGAAUCACAAAUUCAAUGGUUUAAAGCUGGUUCAGCACUUAAUGCUAUACGUAUAUUUUUGGCUUCAAAACAAGGAAAUAAAAUGAUAGAUCAGGCAACAGGUGAAUAA